UGUGUGUGCGCGGUAGUAGUAGCGGCGCUCGCUCGCUCGCUCUCUCGCACACCGGCCGUCCGUCGCACCCCGGGCCAAGCUCCGCUGGGUCCGCAGCGGUCCUUUCCACCGGGGCGGUUGUUCCCUGUCUGGCGCGUGCUGUACGGAAAUGAGGUGGUAGAGGAUGAUCCCCGUUCCGCUUCACGCGCUCCCCGUCAGCAGAGGCGCGGAGUCCGGCCGACCCAGGGACUGGUGAGACGGCUGCCUCCUGCCUUCAUCAUCCAGUUAUCAUCGGCGUCCUCUGCGGAAGCUCCGCUGCCAUGGCCAAGUGGCUGAAAGACUACCUGAGCUUCGGCAGCAGGAAGGUCCCCCCUCAGCCGCCCACGCCGGACUAUACCGAGAGCGAGAUCCUCAAGGCUUACCGGCUCCAAAAGGAUCUGGACUUUGAGGACCCCUACGAGGAGUCUGAGAACCAGUGCAGGAGCGAGUCGGUGUCCGCCGACCCUUCCACGCCCGUGUUUGGGUCCCCGAUGAAGACCUCGAGCCUGGACAUGAAGUCCCCCAAACACAGACUGAUCAAAGUGGAGUCCCAGGAGCUGGGACGCACCAAGAUCCUUCUCAGCGCCAUCUCCUUGGAGGACCAGCAGGAGCCUGUGGUCCCGUCCGCCCCACUGGCUGGAGACACAGAUUACUCAGACCCCUUCGAUGCACGACUGGCCCACCGACCAGAACCAGACCUGGGGCCGGCGCCCAGUGAGAACAAUGGCUACAUGGAGCCAUAUGAGGCCCAGAGGGUCAUAACAGAGCUGCAACGUGGUCCCGGAGGAGGGCGUGCACGGGGCGGCGUGCAGCUCUACGACACCCCCUACGAGGAUGAGCGGGGUCGGGGUCUGGGCUUCAGAGACCACCCAUCAGAAGAGCGAGGCCGGGGCCUGGGCCCGGGCCCGGGCCUGGGUUACGGGGAGGCCCAGGAGGAGGGCAAGGAGAGCAGCAGGCUUCCUCAGGACGACGAGAGGCCAGCCGACGAGUACGACCAGCCCUGGGAAUGGAAGAAGGACCACAUCUCCAAGGCCUUUGCAGUGCAGUUUGACGGGGCAGAAUGGGACCGCUCCUCGUCCCCUACAGAGCGGUUGCAUCCCCCAGGGCCCCCCCGGGCCAGCCCGCUUGCUGGAGGCGGUGUGAAGUUCCGUAUGCCGCAAGAGGGCCACAACAUGCUGGGCGAGAGAGUGGACCCCAGCCUGCCGCUGGAAAAGCAGGUGUGGUACCACGGCGCGCUGUCACGCUCAGAGGCCGAAUCGCUUCUGACGCUGUGCAAAGAGUGUAGUUACCUGGUGAGGAACAGUCAGACCAGCCGCUCAGACUACUCCCUGUCACUACGGAGCUGCCAGGGCUUCAUGCACAUGAAGUUCACCCACUGUAAAGACGGCAAGUACGUGCUGGGGCAGAACAGCCUGCCCUUCGACACCAUCCCGGAAGUCAUCCACUUCUACACCACGCACAAACUACCAAUCAAAGGGGCCGAACACCUCUCCCUGCUGUUUCCCGUGCUGGUGCAGACGCUCUGAUUGCCCCCACCCACCCCCACCCCCCGUCCCCCCGCCGGUGUUCUUCUCGACCGGCCGGCUUUUUAAGUGAUUGGACCUCCCAAAGCCCCGAUUUUCUUGAAUGUUUGAUGUGAUCGACAGAAAGGGACUGUCAGUGCUUCUUCUUCUUCUCUCAUCGGACCAGGAGUGUUUCAGAUGAUUCACCCCCCCCCCCCAGUGGCUUGCAGAUGCCAUCACCAACCCCUGCUGUUGUGCUUUGUGCCAAGAAAGUCGAUUCACGUGAAAUGCCACACCAGAACUUUCCACUGUGACUCUCAUCUCGUCUCCGCAUGAAGGAGGACCGAGUUUUAUGUCUUUUAAUAUCAAUCUUUCCCUUAUUACUUUCCCUCAAUGUCUUCAUCAAAUAGAGGGUCUACGUUUUUCAAAUAGUCAAGGUCAUCAAUCUAUAAAAUGUUUUUUUAAUCGCUGAAAGGUGAAAUUUUGAAGAAAAACAAGGUGCUCCCCCAAAUGCAGCAAUACUUCCAAACUCUAGUUUUAUACACGGAGCCUCGCCCGUCCUGUGGAUCAUGGGCCGCUUGUUGGUUUGACUUCAGCUGGAGAGUUUUCCGUUUUGUAUCGCCAUGCUGCUAUCUGCUCAAGAUUUGCUCAACCCAAAUGUCUCUGUGACCCCAUUCCCACCCAGUGUUAGCAUGUGAUCCGUAUCUGGAUGAUAACGUGGUCUCAUGUCCGCACUGUGUCUGUCUUGCGAUUGGUUUUUAUUUUUCAUGUGCGCCAUACAAAACAAGGAGGUGGCAAGUCUUUCUGUUGCCGCUGAAAACAAUAUUCACAGCAAACAAAAGUCGCCAGGAUGGGGCGUCCGGGUGGCGUGGUGGUCUAUUCCGUUGCCCGCCAUCAUAGGGAUCGCCGGUUCGAAUCCCUGUGUUACCUCCGGCUUGGUCGGGCAUCCCUACAGACACAGUUGACCGUGUCUGCGGGUGGGAAGCCGGAUGUGGGUAUGUGUCCUGGUCGCUGCACUAGCGCCUCCCCUGGUCGGUCGGGGCACCUGUUCCGGCGGGGGGGGGGACUGGGAGGGAAUAGCGUGAUCCUCCCACGCGCUACAUCCCCCUGGCGAAACUCCUCACUGUCAGGUGAAAAGAAGCGGCUGGCGACUCCACGUGUAUGGGAGGAGGCAUGUGGUGGUCUGCAGCCCUCCCCGAAUCAGCAGAGGGGGUGGAGCAGCGACCGGAAGAGUGAGGUAAUUGGCCGGGUACAACUGGGGAGAAAAAAAGGGGCAAAAUCUAAAAGAAAGUAUACCAGAUGUCGUCAAAGUUCCUGCAGCUCUGAUCACGUGUGUGCGUUGUUGCGUUUACACCUUGCGUCAGCAUGCAGCGUUCCUCUUAAAGUCCCGUAUCCAGACCCAGACUGCAUGUUGAUACCGGGUGUGGCGGGGUUCAUGUCACGUGACUGGUCCUCAUCGUAAGCACCAGUGUGUGUUGUUGGUACUUGCCUUGAACGUGUGGACCUGUAUUUACUGUUGGUUGCCUACAGUUGCGUUCGGUGAACAGUGCUAAGAUUUCUAAAAGCAACUUGCCCCCCUCACGCCGCCAACGCCUCCCCUCCCCUCCGCACCCCCCCCCCCGCGAUCGGCUCACCGGGAACUGGGCCACAUCCAGAGCGAGGGAGCACUAAUCUGGAAUGAUUGAUCACUCUGAGAAACUCGGAGAAGCUUUGUGCUCGUUGGCCCCGAUUUCACAAUUCCUACACAAGUGUGUUUGAUCCCAGAUUCUGGGGCUGCCCGGUGUGAUUACACGGUCCGUCGAUGUGUUCGGGGUCCCGCGGGGGCCCGGGGUGCAGUAUCGUGCACCUCACACCGUUUUUGAGGAGCAGGCCGUACCUUUUUUGGUUUUAACAAAUGAUUUUGGAUAAGGCAUUUUAUUAUAAGUAAUCAAUGGCGGCUGGGGCGCCGCCCCCUUCAAACACCAAGAGAUGGAAAUCUACUUCAACAUGUAAAAUAUAAUUUGGUUGUGUGAUGCAAAUAAUGAUGAAAUAAAAGUCUGUGAGCAGCAUUAAAUAUUGGUUCAAAUGGUGUUUGGUUGGUUCCUGUCUGAAUACAUAUACUUCCUGGGUGAGGGGCGCCGGCCAAACGACACCUUAUGUAAGCCCUCAAACUUGUGGCGAGCACGUGACCUGAGGCUGCUGUCUGAUUGGUUUCUUCAGAUUUUCCAGGGGGCGCAGUUCUGUGCUGCCCCAGACACGCCCACUUUUAUUGGCAGCGAAUUGGUGUUGUUUUAAUGUUUUUUGAUCUAAUGUGAUUGGACAGUUCUCGUGGCUGUCAAUCAUGUUCACACCCACCACGACGCCUCGUCUCGGCUGUCAAUCAUCCACCAUCUGCGAGCCCUGAUAAAAUCUCUAGGCUACAUUGUCCUUCUUGAUAACUCUGUGACUGUGUGGACAUUAAAGCUGCUGUCAGGUGGGCUGCGCCAAGCUAAAUUGCGCCCCCCCCCCCAAAUUUUUUUAACACCAGCCGCCACUGCAAGUUCACAAGUCCACUCUAUUGCCUGGGUUGUCUUUUUUGUCUGUCUCAUGCUAAAUAGGUGGCAGGUUGCCUCAUUUAUCUGCUCAUUUCACCUGUGGUCCAAACAAUAAAGUGUGUCUC